AGGCUAAACAACAAAAUACGCUUAAGCCAUGGAGUCCAACCAGGAAACCUCGCUCUUCCUGGUGAAGAUCUUGGAGGAGCUAGACACGAAGCAGAAUACCGUUUCCUACCAGGACCUCUGCAAGUCUCUGUGUGCGAGGUUUGAUUUAUCCCAGUUGGCCAAGCUCAGAAGUGUGCUUUUUUACACCGCUUGCCUGGAUCCUAAUUUCCCAGCGACUUUGUUCAAAGACAAAAUGAGAUGCACUGUAAACAAUCAGCAAUCAAAGAAAAUCAUGGUUGCAGCAGAUAUAGUAACAAUAUUCAACCUCAUACAAAUGAAUGGGGGAGUGGCCAAGGAGAAACUUCCAGUUGCAAGGCAGAAAGUGAAGAAGAAGGAGUCCUUUGAAUCCUGUAGAUCUGACACAGAAAUCUGCAAUAUGGCAGACUGUGUGCCCAACUGUGAGCUGAACGACCAGGAGUUUAACCGAGGCUUUCCAGUCAGAAGGUCUUCAAAAUGCAGAAAGAUGGACUGCAAAGACUGUCAACAGUUUGUUCCCUCAUCAGAACCCAACUUUUUACUUGGUGUUAAUAAGGAAAUGAAGGGCCGGGCUGCCUCUCUGGACAGGCUGCAGGCGCUGGCAUCCUACUCCAUUGCCACGUCUCCACCAUGUGAGAUGCAGAGUACAUACUUUCCCAUGAACAUAGAAAAUGAAUCUAUUUCAGACCAGGACUCCUUGCCUAUAAGUGCAGGCAUAAAAGAAACCUUCAUUUCAAGUGAUGAGCCGUUUGUGAUGCAGUCGUGUGUCCAGAAAAGAAAUAUAUUCAAAGAAGAUUUUCAUAAUCUGAUUACAAUAUCUCCCAACUUAAUACCGUCCAACAAAAAGCCAGAAGAUGGACACAGAGAGCCUCAGAACAGGAAAGAAAGCUCUAAGCAGGCUUUCUUCAACCACAGCUUUGAAAUGCCAUACAGCAGCCAGUACCUGAAUCCAGUUUAUUCUCCUAUACCAGACAAAAGACGCGUGAAGCAUGAAAGUUUAGAUGAUCUUCAAGCUUCAACAUACUUUGGCCCAACUACUAUUCUUGGUCCCCAGGACACCAAAAAGUGGGCUGGAAAGCCAACCAAGCAAACUGCCUGGCCAGCUAAAAGCUGGAGUUUAAAUACUGAGGAGGUACCUGACUUUGAACGAUCAUUUUUUAAUAGGAAGCAGUCUGAAGAGAAGCUGCGAUACCAGAAUUCAAACAACCCAUCUCCAAACUUUCCUUCAGCUGACAGGCAUCAGUCCUACCUAAACGCAAAGGAUCAGCAACCAAUUAUGCAGGCAAACUAUGCUGUGAAACCAAAUGGGCAUAAGCCCAAGGAAAUUCCUUCCAUUCUAGAUGUGGAGAAACAUGAGCCAGUCAAAAAGUUUAAGGAUAAAAGCAUUAAUUGCACUCCUGUUCAGAUCUUAAGCAUUGACAGGACCACGAGUGUUGGGACACAAACAGAGCAGCAAGUUCUGGAUCACAAGAAGUGCAAGGAUUUGUGCGCGGCAGGCCAAGCCAAGUACGGAGAGCGGCACUCUCUUAAGCAGUCGGAUGAUGACUCUGAAAUUGUGAGUGAUGACAUCAGCGACAUUUUCCGGUUUUUGGAUGAUAUGAGUAUCAGUGGGUCAACGGGAGUGAUGCAGUCUUCAUGCUACAACAGCACCGGUUCCUUGUCUCAGGUGCAUAAAUCAGACUGUGAGAGCUCUCCUGAGCACAAUUUGAGUAAAAUCUCCAACGGGAGUGCCUGUAACAAAUUAGAAAAAGUGGUCCGGGCAGAUAUUACUAACACAGAUGAUGAACUGAAAACUAGUGUCUGCAAAUUAGUUUUGAGGAUUGGUGAAAUAGAGAAGAAACUGGAGUCUCUCUCAGGCGUCCGAGAAGAAAUCUCCCAAGUCCUGGGAAAAUUGAGCAAGUUGGAUCAAAAAAUUCAGCAGCCAGAGAAGGUCAGCGUACAAAUAGAUCUCAAUUCUUUGACAAGUGAGGCUGCAUCAGAUGAGAGUAACUCCCCACAGAUAUUUCAGUGCCACAAUACUCCUCAUGGAGGCAAACUAGAGAAUAAUCCAGAAUGGUGCUGUUCAGAUGCCAGUGGAAGCAAUAGUGAGAGCCUUCGAGUAAAAGCCUUAAAAAAAAGUUUGUUUACUAGGAGGUCAUCCAGAUCAUUAACAGAGGAAAAUAGUGCAACUGAAUCCAAAAUAGCAAGUAUUUCAAAUUCUCCCCGAGACUGGAGAGCUAUUACUUACACCAACCAAGCUGGCAUUACGGAAGAGGAGAUGAAAGAUCGAGAUGGAGGAGAAAAUAAGGACUGGCAUAGGAAAUCUAAAGAGGCAGACAGGCAAUACGAAAUCCCACAGCCACAUAGACUCUCUAAACAACCAAAAGAUGCUUUCUUGAUUGAACAAGUCUUUAGUCCUCAUCCCUACCCUGCAUCACUCAAGUCACACAUGAAAAGCAACCCGCUCUACACAGAUAUGAGGUUGACGGAGCUGGCUGAAGUGAAACGUGCCCAGCCAUCAUGGACCAUAGAGGAAUAUACAAGGAAUUCGGGGGAUAAAGGCAAGAUUGCAGCAUUGGAUCUACAAACUCAAGAAUCUUUAAACCCAAACAACUUAGAAUACUGGAUGGAAGACAUUUAUACUCCUGGCUAUGAUUCCUUAUUAAAACGCAAAGAAGCCGAGUUCAGAAGAGCAAAGGUUUGCAAGAUAGCUGCUCUGAUAGCAGCGGCAGCUUGUACGGUUAUUCUGGUCAUUGUAGUUCCCAUUUGUACAAUGAAAUCCUGAACCUGUGGACAGACCCGUAACUCCCAGCCGGCCGCAUGUAUCUCAGAUAGCUCAUGCUGUGUUUCAAACGUCUGAUGGCAAAACUGUAAGGAAUUUGCUAAGGAAGAAUGUUCUGAGGAUAUCCUGUUGGAGAGUGCUGUAAAUGUAGGCAAAACACAAAACAACAAGAGACUUUUUUUAAAAAAUAUUAUUUUAAAGAAGACUGUGUGGUGGAGUUAAUGGGAACUUGGUUCAAUUUUUAUGCAUUUUUAAAAGUGCAAUAUUUUUUUUUUCCUAAAGAAACAAUAUAAUGUUUUACAGAAUCAGAGACUGAUGAGAAUCCAGGCAAAAGAGGAAGGUUGUCUGAGCUAUGUUGCAUUUAAUGGAGGUAGCACUGUAUAGAAGGGAAUGUUCAAUAUGCAUUACAUCAGGGAGCUAAGAAAGUCUUACAGCUCUCUACAAUGUAGAAAACUCUGAAUGUAUUUGUAUUUAUUUUAUAGUAUUUAUGUAUUUCAUGAUCAUUUGGUUGAAAGCAGACUGUGUAGCCAUGAACAGAGUCAUUCCUAUGUUCAGAUUAAAAAGGGCUCUUUGUAUUUGGUCUUGCCCUAAGACCCACUCUAUCAUCACUGAGUACUUAGAUAAGUGCAAUGUGCUGCAGACCAAAAAGAUUAUGUUUUAAAGCAAUCACAAGAGGUUUUAGUUGCUUCUGUUGAAUAACAUUUGCAUAGAGCUGGUAAACUUGCCUUGCCAAAAGGGUAUUCUUUACCUCCACAGACAGUGAAAUUGUCUCAAUUUCACUCCUGCCAGCAAGCAAAGCUGGCAAAUCAAAGCAACGCUCUGUUAAAGUUCUUGGAAAUGUAAUCUGAACAGUUAUAAUUUUUUUCACAAAGUCUUCGUGCCUUUUUUAGACUGUAGAUUAAAUAGAACUGUUUAAUUUUGCUAUUUUAAGCUCAUAACAUAAAUCACAGCAUAAUGGGUACUAAUGGAGGUUCUUUUCCCGCAAGCCUUCUGUACAGUUCAGAGUGCUCCUCAAACAGCAGGGCUGGCGGUUACUGAGCACUUACAUUAAGGGCACAGUUUUUCAGCACUAGUGGAAACUUGCUGUUAAUGCAAUGCAUUUGGCACAGGGAGAUCUUUUUCUUCCCUCUUGCUAAUAUAUUUAAGAAUGAUGGGUGACUCUACCGGACAGCAAGCAGUCUGUAUCCCAUGGGAAAUGACCAUUUGAUGCUUUAUCCCAAAUGCAAAUAGCAGGUUCAAAGGAAUCCUAAAGCUAUGACAAAAAUUACCUGCCAUGUUUAGUGAAAGCAAAUACACAGACAGUAUUACUCUUCUGUCAAGCAUAGAUGGAAAAAAAAAAAUCCAGGAAAUAAUGUGAUCUUGCUGGUCCUCUAAGGGAAAGGAGAUUCUUUUAGUGAAUGCUCUUUAUGUAGGGCAAUUUGCUUUCUUCAGAAGCAGCCUCCCUACACGAUGACACAGCAGCAAGGAAAGCAUCAGAUGCUUGUUCCUCCGGCUCUCUGGGAUGUGCUGCACUCGCUGUUUGUUUCUGGCUGGUUUAAAAAAAGUAGCGAGGAAAGAAUGUGUGGGAGGCAAAGGCUUUGUUGUGACUUUAGAUGUGUGACAGUUCUUUCCUGCAGCUGGAGAUCUGUUUAUGCGCUGCUCGUGUGCUGUAUUUUAUUUAGGAAUAGGUGAUCCCAGGGAUCACCUCUCUAUCAGGAAAACAAGUGUAAGCACAGGGUCGGGUCCCCUUGUCCCCUCAGCAAAUACAGAACGAGGAUAAGUCCCUAGACCAAAAUCUGCACCUGCCUGGCCUGAAUCCUGACCCAAAUUCUGUAGCUUUGUCCCAUUCCUAAUACCAAGAUUAUUUCUCUUUCCUCCCAGAUGCUGCAGGAUGGAUUCACAGCAGGGAGGGAGCAAUUCACACUGUCUAUUUUAGGCUGCCUUCGGCUAUGGUAUGAUUCAGAGCACCUGAGUUUAGGAGCUCAGGAUCCAUACGUAGUAAAUAUAGACAGGUAGAGAAACCUCCUGGGAUGAUUCAGAGCUGCCAGCAAGAUGUCUAAUAUUAGACGUGAAUGUGCUCUGGAGGGCAUUACUCUGCAGUUUACCUUAUGCACAAUUUAGCUGAUUGUAUAUGUAAAAAAAAAAUCUAUUCCUGGUUCCAGGUAGUGUCAGAAAGCCCUUCUACGCCCUUCCUUGACCCAGCAAUAGCAAGCGUGGGGCACUGUCAGAAAGGCCAGCAUGGCCCUGUGGUGGCACAGUGUCAGUCCCCUGUCUGCCUGUGCUGGUGGUGACAAGUCCCUUGGAGGGGCAGGAUGGGUGUGGGAUGGACACCAGGCAGACCCCCCACCCUCACCAACCCCCCUGCCCCGCUAGCAUGAACGGUCUGGCCCUGCUGCUUCCCAACCUGAAAUCAGCAGCAUGCCCUCCGUUGCAUCUUAGUAAUCUGAUUUUAGAAAAAAACCUGAAUAUCUAAGUGGAGAGGUGAGAAGGGUGCAGGGGAUGUUAUUGAUUACAGGGGCAGGGCUGUGCUUGCACUGAUGCAUUAGAGGAGAUGUAAGGACCCCUGUUUUGACUGUCCAGGGAUUUUUUUUUUGUCAGUGCAGGACUCAUCCAGCUGGCACCGGAUGAAUCUUUGCAUUAGAGAUGCCCAAAAUCCUGGGAAGGAUUUGGCAGGUUAUGGAGCGGUGGGUGACGUGGGCGUGACCCAACCCAAGCACUCGGCAUCCCAAGCAUCCCUGCUGCUCCUAAUUUACUGAGGUGCUUUUGCCCAUCCUCACUUUGCGCAAGCAGCCAGUGGCGCCUGCCUCCAUUAGGGUAGGUGGACAUCAUGGUUUGGCACAGAUCUCUCCCCCAUUUGGGGCUUGAUUCACUUCCCACAACCUCUGGGAGCAUCUCCGUGGUGCCGGGAGCCUGAGGGGAGUAGGGAAAGCAGAGCCUGGCUCCCUGCCUCCCCGCUCCACAAAUACCUCUGGGAGCCGCUGCCUCGCUAUCUGCUCCCUGGCUGCCUCCAGCAGCUCCUUGGCACCGCCGGGAUGUGUAUCCCUAGCUGUUCCAGAGGUUUUUACAUCUGGCACUGAGCUCUUCACUUAAAAUAGGUAAGGAGCUGGAGCAAUGAGGUGCUGCCGUCGGAGGAGAGCAGCCUGGGAAGGAGGGACUCUGUGGUUCUGCCCAGAGUACACAAGCUAGGUGAAAUCUUGACAAUAUUAACCUGCAAGAACAUUGUGAUCAACCUUGUGAACCAGUUAUCAACUAGUAUAUACUGUAUACUAUGUGAUAGACUUUUGUAUUUAAAAAAAAAGCAAAAAACAAAUUAAAGAUAUAGGUACAGUGUAAUCCUUGGUGUGAUUGAAAAAAGUGUCCUAGAUUGUCUUACUUAAUUAAAAUAAUGAUGAGCAUAUUGAACUGUUUUUCGUAUUUAUGCCUUAUAAACUUGAUAUAUUACACAUGAUAAAAUGAACCUGCAAGAAUUAUACAAAAGGUACUCCAUUUUGGGGGCAAAUCCCAUUUUCUUCUCCUAAAAUGAAAGUGCUGCUUGAAAUCAGCUCAGUAAAUUAUGUGUGCAGAAGAGGAAGAGCAGGAUCUGUCCCCAAAUGAGUUUUUAGGAUUUUUUUUUUUUUAAUGGGGCUUUGGUUAAUGUACUAUGUAAUAAUUUUAUUUUAUAAAGUUACUGUACAAUGUUGCCUUUUGGUUCAUUUAAAUAUAAUACCAAAUAAACUUGAAAAUUACAGCGUCCUAAGUUUUAAUGAAACAGCUAUAAUAAUUUAUUACUUCAUUGCUUUUCCUCUGUUUUUUUUUUUUCCCCAGGGACAUCAAGAUAGCCAUGGAAUAUGAGCAUCUCAGUGUUAAACAACUAAGCAGCCUAUCUAGUUCUUAGCAGAAUUGCUAAUGGAUUUCUUACUUGUGAAAUAAGAUGGCAGAAGAUAAUGAAAAAUGAGUUUGUUGGGUUUCUUUUAAAAGCUCCUUUGCAUCACAUUGUCUGGGCUUCUGGGAGAUUAGCUCUUGACACUAAUCAUAAUAUUUCAUUUUUUAGGUUAUUUCAUGACUGAGUUUGGCCUUAUCAACUAUUUCAACAAGGUCAUGACUGAUAUUUUGGCAUCUGUUUCACUUAUAAGUUUAUGCAACCACCGUCCCUUUUAGGUCAGUACUAUAGACAACUAUUUAUAGUCACCCAUCAACAGGCAAUCAGUUGCUUAGGAUCUCCAUAUGAAUUAAAUUUCCUGCUUUU